UCCUUCGGCGGUUUCCGGAGCUGCUCUCGCGCGCCGGAGGAGGCCAAGUCAUGGACCGCAAUCCCUCUCCGCCGCUGCGGAGUCGGGACGAGGAGGAGGAGGAGGAGGCGGCCGUGGGGGACUGCAUAGGCAGCACGGUCUACAGCAAGCACUGGCUCAUCGGCGUCCUCACCGGACUCAUGCAGAUUGUUAGCCCUGAAAACUCGAAAUCCAGCUCAGAUCAUGAGGAGCAGCAGAUGGAGCUUGAUGAAGAAAUGGAGAAUGAAAUUUGCAGAGUGUGGGAUAUGUCAAUGGAUGAGGAUGUGGCUUUGUUUCUCCACGAAUUUAAUGUUCCUGACAUAUUUAUGGGAAUAUUGGCCAAAUCCAAAUGUCCUCGAUUAAGAGAAAUCUGUGUGGGAAUUUUAGGUAAUAUGGCCUGUUUCCAAGAGAUAUGUGUGUCCAUCAGCAGUGAGAAAAAUCUUGGCCAGGUACUAUUGUACUGUUUGUGUGAUUCAGACCCUCCUACUCUGCUGGAAACAAGCAGGUUGUUGCUUACUUGCCUUUCCCAGACAGAAGUGGCCGUUGUCUGGGUUGAAAGAAUCCGAGAACAUCCAGCUAUUUAUGAUAGCAUUUGCUUCAUCAUGUCAAGUUCAACAAAUGUUGACUUGCUGGUGAAGGUCGGGGAGGUUGUGGACAAGCUCUUUGAUUUGGAUGAGAAGCUAAUGUUGGAAUGGAUUAGAAAUGGGGCUGUUCAGCCUCUGGACCAACCCCAGGAAGAUUCUGAACAGCAGCCAGUGUUUCGAAUUGUGCCCUGUGUACUUGAAGCUGCCAAACAAGUACGUUCUGAAAAUCCAGAAGGGCUCGAUGUUUACAUGCAUAUCUUACAGCUGCUGACUACAGUGGAUGAUGGAAUUCAAGCAAUUGUACGGUGUCCUGAUACUGGAAAAGACACUUGGAAUUUACUUUUUGACCUGGUGUGCCAUGAAUUCUGCCAGUCUGAUGAUCCACCCAUCAUACUUCAAGAACAGAAAACAGUGCUAGCCUCUGUUUUUUCAGUGUUGUCCGCCAUCUAUGCCUCACAGGCUGAACAGGAGUAUCUAAAGAUAGGAAAAGUAGAUCUUCCUCUAAUUGACAGCCUGAUUCGUGUCUUACAAAAUAUGAAACAUUGUCAGAAGAAACCAGAGAACUCAGCAGAGUCUAACACAGAAGAAACUAAAAAGUCUGAUUUAACCCAGGAUGACUUCCACUUGAAAAUCUUGAAGGAUAUUUCAUGUGAAUUUCUGUCUAAUAUUUUCCAAGUUUUAACAAAGGAGACUGUAGCUCAGGGACUAAAGGAGGGCCAAUUAAGCAAACAGAAGUGUUCCUGUGCAUUUGAAAACCUUCUUCCUCUCUAUAACCCUGUGGUAGAAGACUUCCUCAAAAUCCUACGUGAAGUUGAUAAGACCCUUGCUGGCAACCUGGAGGAAAGCUUCCCAAGUUUGAAGGUUCAGACUUAAAAACUAGUGGAAUUCCUCUGCUGAAGAAAUGAACUCUAUUUUCCUUGCUGACAGUUGAAAUUGACAAACAGGAAAUAUUAGACCAUAAUUGUUCGGUAUUAUACUCAUGCCCUUCUCCUCCAGCAUUUUUGUUUGGCAUUGGAAUCUAGUUUCACUACCAUCAAACAUCAUCUCCCCCCACCCCGCUUCUUUUUUGUAUUGGUUGUGCAGUGUUUUGUCUUCUUCAGGUAAAGAAGACAAAAUACAAGCUUAUCAUUGAGGUUCUUUUUUGAAUAUUUGAGGGGUUGGUGAGGAUUUUCUUUGUAACUCUUAAUUUGAUUUUUUAAUUUGAUUUUUUUGAAAGUAUCCCUGCUGAAAAGAAUUGAACUAUAAAAUUAAAAUCGUACCGAUUAAACUCUAAUUGGUAGGUUUA